AUGCCUCCCAAGAAGGAUGUUCCUAUGAAGAAACCAGCAGGACCCUCUAUUUCCAAGCCUGCUGCCAAACCAGCAGCAGGGGCUCCUCCAGCCAAGACCAAGGCUGAGCCAGCACCAGCACCAGCUGUCCCUCCAGCCCCUCAGAAAACCCAGGAGCCCCCCAUCGAUCUCUCCAAAGUGGUGAUCGAGUUUAACAAGGACCAGCUGGAGGAGUUCAAGGAGGCCUUUGAGCUGUUUGAUCGAGUGGGGGAUGGCAAGAUCCUGUAUGGCCAGUGUGGGGACGUGAUGAGGGCCCUGGGCCAGAACCCCACCAACGCCGAGGUGCUCAAGGUCCUGGGGAAUCCCAAGAGUGAUGAGCUGAAGUCCCGGCGUGUGGACUUCGAAACUUUCUUGCCCAUGCUCCAGGCGGUAGCCAAAAACCGGGGCCAAGGCACAUAUGAGGACUACCUGGAGGGCCUUCGAGUGUUUGACAAAGAGGGGAACGGCAAAGUCAUGGGAGCAGAGCUCAGACAUGUCCUCACUACCCUGGGAGAGAGGAUGACCGAAGAGGAGGUGGAGACUGUUCUGGCAGGACAUGAGGACAGCAAUGGCUGCAUCAACUACGAAGCCUUCCUGAAGCACAUCCUAAGCGUCUGA